UAAAAUCUUUCAACGAUUUUGUGAUUAUAGAUCUAGACUAGACUUAAAAGAAUUUGUAUAAUUCAAGUAUUAUGUAGAUGUAGUAUUCAUACUAUGUUUAAACAUAGUAAGAUCUAGCGUAUUUUUGUUUAAAAAAAUAUUUAUGAAGUACAAAGGAUAAACUUAAAUUUUUAAAUAUUCUUAAGAAAAAGAGCAUAAUGGAAAAUCAAAAUGAAACUCAAUCAAGAUUGUAUUUUCUUAAUGAAAAACUUCAACAAAUGGUUAAAGAAUUGCCAAGAAAAUACCAACAACGUAUUCCAAAUGAGUUGCUGUGUGAAUUAUCCCAAUGUCUUCUUGAUGAAACAUUAUAUUCUAUCGUUAAAGAGCUUACAGGAAUUCAAAAUGUUACUGAAAAACAGCUUUUUCAAAAGCGAUUAGAAAUGAUAAACAUGCAUUCUGUUAGUAUACAAUCACUAUUAAAAUCAGAUACAGAAGAACCCGGUAAAACAAAACUACGACUCAAACUUCAAGCAGAUCAUCGAAAAAAUCUAACAGAAUUUGAUAAAAAAAUUAUAAAUGAACUUGAUGAAAAGAGGCGAGAACAACAAAGUAUUUUAAACAUGGCUGGAGUACCAGGGUUUGAAGUUACAGAUGAUGCUAGCCGUAUUCAAGUACAAAUACGACUUUGUGAUUUUAUUAUCAGACUCAGCCAAAUGGACAAGACAGAAAUAGUGGAAUCAAAGGAAUAAAAAUAAAAAAUAAACAAAAUGUUCAAAUAAUAUUUUUUUGAACAAUGAUAUAGUAAUGUUUCUGUUCAAUCACUUGAACUUUUUAAACAAUUUUAACAAUGAGAUAAUCUUAAAAAUAAAAUUUAUAUUUAAUACAUAUAAUUCUUUUAUAAUUUAUACAAGUGUUGAUUUUGAUUUAAACCUGUGUAUAUUUAGAGAAGUUGAGAAGAUAUUGUUUUUAUUUUUUUGUAACAAACUUAUGUACAUAUGUAAUUAUUGUAUUUGUAAUAAAUCUUUGUUGAACUACUA